UUUUCUAUACAACUUCAUUAGCCAUAGCACAUCUAUACAUAAUUUCUAAGCAAAUUAACGACUCUUGCCGAUAUUUCGCGACUCUUGACGGGAUAUUAUCGUUGUGGUUCGCCCUGCGUCCAGUUCUUUUCGGCUUUUACAUCAUUAGGGAAUUAAUCAUACUCAUUUUACUACGACCGUACCUUUUACGACUAUCCUUACCACCAAUGCGCGAUGGGAAAAAAGAACAAGAAGCCCGCAGCGGGCGAAUCUCCUAGCUUGGAGCCACAGACUGCCGCAGAGCCCUCGAUAACCUCGACAUCCUCGACAGCACCCUCAACAACGAAUAAGAAGAAGCCAUCCUCCCCCGCGCCCCAACCUUCGUCCGCGCUCGUCAUUUGCCGAAAUAAGCAUUGGCGUUAUAUCUCUUCCUUCCAUGGCCCAUGGCUACAACUACCUCUCGAAGUCCUCGUCACGCUCGCCAAUGCCAAUUACUACAUGCCCUUACCGCGCCCCGUCGAUCCGGCAGUAUUCUACGAUCUGGUGAAGAUAAGACAGCUUGUGGAUGGUGCUACCGAUUUGGCCGUACGAGCGGCCAAUGGCGUCGCCUCUUCGGCCUUGUCCAAUUCGCUAGCAGGAGGAGCUGCGCAUCAUAUGCAAGCGUUAGGUCUUGGGUUUGGGAACAAUGCCGGCGCAAAACUGAGUCCAGAAAGGAAAUAUCGAAUGCGGGAGCAAGCCACCCAGAAGUUGUCGCGCGCCUACCACCUCGACGAAAUAGCCUCGAGCGUCGCCACGAUGCAAUCUACUUCAACCUUAGAGAACGUUGCCGGGCUUGUAUUACAAAGGUCACCCAACGAUCCCGAUGCCAACUACGUCCAUUUCUUCCACGAAAAGAUACCAUCUAGGCAGCUCGCAGAAUGCACCGACUUCCGCGCAUUGAAUCUGAUAAUUGGCCAGCGGCCUUCCGAGUGCGAGCCCCUGAGGACCCGCGCGAUUGUCCGCAUGUUCAAGGAGGAUUUUGAAGGUGCCGUUCAGGAUCUCACGUCUGCGCUUAGUGUGUAUCGCCUUCAGCAGCCACGGCAUAACAAGCCCGCAGUAGAUGAAACGAUGCAAUUAGAACAGAAGACCCGACGGCGACGAGACCAACCCCCGGUCGACGAGGCAAACCAACCGAGUAGUACAGAAGUACAACUCCUGUUUCAACGCGCAGGUUGCUACCUCACUUUAGCAUGUGAUCAUGUGCCACAUGCUCUCCCUCAUUCACCGGUUGAGCAGAAUGGGAACGUGCGAAACGGCACAAAUGGCACCAAUGGGCCCAGUAAUGGCACAGCUAAUGGGAACGGGAAUGCAGAGCUACGGGAGGCUGAGGGCGACUUGGAAGAAAAAGGUCCUACCAAGAGACAGCUUGAUAUGCGUAAGACAGUGCGCUUUUACGCGAAGCGCGCAUUAAGGGAUUACAUGGAAUAUUUUAAGCACUUUCACUACUCGCCCAACUUACCUAUCGAAGUGUCGGAUGAUUUUAGUCGUCAGGUCAACCAAGCAACUCAUCGUAGCAAGAAGUACUAUGGUCAAUCUCGACACGCGUCUCAGGAUCCGGGAAGUCCUACGGGCGCUUCGCCUGGCCACAAGGUGUACGAGCUAGCAUCGCUCUUCUCGGCGACGCCUCCGGCAGACUUACCGCCCUACCCCUCGACAGACAUCAUAUCUCCAGGUUCUGCUACUGCAGAGUCGAUCCAGGUAACUAGCGAAGUUGUCACUUACCACCCACUGCUUACCGACGCGUUACAUUCGCUCUUGCUGUGUCACACCCUCAUGCAAACUUCGGCAAAAGAGUUACAACGACACGCGCAUAUGGUUGCUCGCCUUGCUCGUUUGGCAGAUGGGUACCCGGUAUUUCAAGCGAGCCGGUCCCCUGCGCGAGCGGAUUGGAUAGAGGUCCUUCGAAGAGCAGAGAAUUGGAUUGAACUAGCCUCGAGCUGGGAGGCGCUCUGUGCUCCCGCUCCGCUUCCCACUCCCAUGUCGGCGGCACUGGGUAUGUCCGCCGCGGCUGCGGUUAAUGCUCUGUCCAUUACCGGCGGCGCAAGCCCCGCUCCUGAGACGGAGGAGCAAAGGAAGGAGCGGAUGCGCCAACAGGCUAUAAUAGAAGCCCUGGAGGACGAGCGCGUCAACGACGAGGCCAGCUUUAAGGCGGCUAUUCUUGCCCGCCAACGUAGGGCGGAGGCAGACCACGCCAGUACGCUGAACGGCGGUGUCCCGAGUCCCAACGCGGGGCCUAAGCGCUGGGCCGUGGACGAUGGUAGGGAGUACCCUAUCUUGACGGAGCGCGCAGAGGCCGUCGCCAGAUGGAUCCGCGAGGCGCCGACGGGUCCUGGGGCGGGAACUAGCAAACGCAAGAAGAAGUCGCGAACGCAGAAGAAAGCCGCUGAGCCGGAGCAUGGGAAGGAGCCCGAGGUUACAGAGACGGAAGCUGCGGAAUCGGCUACGGAACCGGCUUGAACCGGACUGGUGGAGAAGGGCUGCCUACCUAUAAUAGCGACUUGCAGCAAACGGCCGUUGGAUGCCGAAAGAGAAGAUAGAAAAAUAAAAAAGUGGUUUGAGUAUCUUUAGCCGCUAGCGUAUUAGCAAAGAUAUACUUUGUAGUUUAUACCUUAAUCAAAAGCAGGGCGUGGAUUUUGCCAGGCCGCUAGGUACUACUGGAUGCUUUGUGGUAUCGAGGAGUAUACCUAAGGCAUUUUCUGCUCGACUUCGCGUGUUACAGGGGUCGAGGAAGGAAUUAUGCUGCAAACCGACAAUUGCUCUGUUGUAGUAAGUAAUGGAUCAUUAGCCGACGGACCUAUAGAUACUAGUGAGAUACCAUG